AAAUGAGUUUUUUUUAGGGAGCAAAUGCGGAGGGAGUGCCGAAGAGGCUGACGUUCGACGAGAUACAGAGCAAGACGUAUAUGGAGGUUAAGGGGACUGGAACUGCGAACCAGUGCCCGACCAUCGACGGUGGCUCCGACGAGUUCGCGUUCAAGCCUGGAAAAUAUUCUGGCAAGAAGUUCUGCUUCGAGCCGACAUCCUUCACCGUCAAGGCCGAGGGUGUCAGCAAGAACGCACCUCCCGAGUUUCAGAACACCAAGCUAAUGACCCGCCUCACCUACACCCUUGAUGAGAUCGAAGGACCUUUCGAGGUCUCUUCAGACGGAACCGUCAAGUUCGAAGAAAAAGACGGCAUAGACUACGCAGCUGUCACGGUCCAGCUUCCGGGCGGGGAGAGAGUGCCGUUCCUGUUCACAGUCAAACAGCUCGACGCCUCAGGAAAGCCCAACAGCUUUGGCGGGAAAUUCUUGGUGCCCUCGUACCGUGGCUCGUCCUUCUUGGACCCAAAGGGCCGUGGUGGCUCAACCGGUUAUGACAACGCGGUCGCCUUACCAGCCGGAGGCAGAGGGGACGAGGAAGAGCUGACAAAGGAGAACAUCAAGAACGCGGCUUCGUCCACCGGAGAGAUCACUCUGAAGGUGACAAAGAGCAAACCUGAGACGGGAGAGUUGAUCGGAGUUUUCGAGAGCAUUCAGCCUUCGGACACUGACUUGGGUGCUAAGGUACCAAAGGAUGUUAAGAUCCAAGGGAUUUGGUACGGUCAACUUGAGUGAUGUUCCCACAAUUACUUAGUCUCUGUAUUUGGAACGAACCUCUUUGAAGAUUCCUGUUAACGAUCUUAUAAUCGUCUUGACGCUCUCAUAUUUUUCCGGUCAUAUGAUCUUUAUAAUUCCCUAAAGUUGCAACC